AUGCAGCAUUAAAGUGGAUCCGUUUAACUUAGUUAUAAUAAAGUAUGCAUUCAGACCCUCAAAUUUUCUUAGAAUGAUUCUGAGACAAGUGUCUAGGUGACAUUUUCGUGGGUGAAGAACAGUUCACGCGAGUGGGGAGGGGCGUUGAGCGCAGGAGCAGUUGAGCAGUUAGUUCAGUCCUCCAUGAAGGUGUAGCGCACAAACAAAUUCAAUGGCACUACGUUCAGCUCGUGAUUCUCAAAUAUUUAUAAUUGGAUGCGGCAUCUCGGGAAUUGGUGCUGCUCAGAAAUUACUAAAACACGGUUUUCAUAAUGUUCACAUCAUAGAAGCGACUGCAAGAAGCGGUGGGAGAAUACGAACGGGAAGACUGGGUGACAACAUUGUAGAGAUUGGCGCCAACUGGAUCCAUGGCCCAUCAAAGGAAAACCCAGUGUUUCGUUUGGCAUGUGACUACCAGCUCCUUGACAAAGAAUCAAUGUCUGAAGAAAACCAGGCCAUUGACAUUGGUGGUCAUCCAUUGUUUGUUCCCAACUGGUUUACCAGUUCAGGUCGGAAACUGGGGCCUGAGACGAUGGGGCCAGCGGUGGAGUUUUUCAUGAACUUACUGGAAAGGAGCCAGCAGUUCCAUGACAGUGGUGGAGAACCUCUGCCGAGUGUUGGGGAGUUCAUCAAGGCAGAGGUUGAACGGCUGGCCCCGGAGGAGUGGAAGGAGGACCAGGCUAACAUUGCGAUAAGAAUGGCCAUGAUAAACACACUGCUCAAGCUGGAGUGCUGUGUCAGCGGAACACACACAAUGGAUGAUGUUGGCCUUGGAGCCUUUGGCAUGUAUAAGACUCUUCCAGGACUGGACUGCACUUUCCCAGGAGGUUAUGAAGGUUUAAUUGAUCACAUGAUGAAGGAACUUCCCAGUGACAUAGUCUUGUACAACAAGCCAGUGAAGUGCAUUCACUGGAACUACACCAAGAAUGGACCAGAUAGUAAAGGAAUGUUAUUCCCCAUUAUGAUUGAAUGUGUUAAUGGAGAGACAUUUGCAGCAGACCAUGUUAUUGUCACCGUCCCACUUGGAUACCUGAAGAAGCACCAGAACACUUUUCUGAGCCCUACUUUUCCACUGCACAAAUUGCACUCAAUCCAGAGAAUGGGCUUUGGGACCAACAACAAGAUCUUUCUUGAGUUUGAGCAGCCUUUCUGGGAUGAAGAUUGUGAAUUGAUCUACCUCGUAUGGGAGGACGAAACCCAUCUUGCUGAUGUUGUUUCAGAUAUGAAGAUGUCCUGGAUUAGAAAGUUGAUUGGAUUCACUGUGCUGAAGCCCACAGAGAGAUAUGGACACGUGCUCUGUGGCUGGAUUGCGGGGCGGGAAUCUGAGUACAUGGAAACUCUGUUGGAAUUUGAAGUGCUGCACAGUGUCACACAGCUCCUUCGCUUAUUUACUGGAAAUCCAACUAUUACACCAAGGAAGCUUUUAAGAUCUCAGUGGUUCCAUGAUCCCUAUUCCUGCGGAUCUUACAGCUAUGCGGCCAAAGGGUGCUCAGCAUAUGAUAUAGACAACCUUGCUGAACCCUUGCCACUGAAAGGCUCAAAGCCUUUGCAGGUGUUAUUUGCAGGAGAAGCCACACACGGGUCUUUCUUCUCUACAGUGCAUGGAGCGUUGCUGAGUGGCUGGAGAGAAGCAGAGCGUCUUGUAUCUCACUACACUCCUGCCUCUGGGUCAUUCUCAUCUAAACUGUGAAAAGUCUGAAAACUCAUUUUCAUUAAAUCUGAAGGAUUAUGUGCCUUAUAAGGGGAAUAGAGGGAAAAUCUUAAUGCAAUUACUGAAUUAUAUAAAACAUCAUGAAAGCACUGCAUGACAGAUGUUCAACGUCAUCCAAGUUUCGUUCAACUUGUUCAACAAAUGAUGAUUUGUGCAUAUGUUAAAAUUACAAAUAAUUCCUCACUGAAUGCCUGUACUUUGCACAAAUGUUAAUUGUUUUUUUGUGAUCUGAAAAUAGUUUUUAUAUUAAACAAUUUUUCUAAUA